AUGGACGAUGAUGACUUUGGAGGAUUUGAGGCAGCAGAGAGUUAUGAAUUUGGAAAUGGUGAAAAGCAGGCAACAUCCCCUGCUAUUGCUUGGGCAGCAUUUCCUACAGUAUCUGAAGUCAAUAUAUCUCCUGAUGUUCUUCUGGAGCACUCUGUGCCUUCUUCCUGCCUGGUUCCUUCUGACUCAUUCAGUUUAUCAGGUGAUAAUGUGGUAACAUCGAUUCAAACAGCUAACAAUGUUAUAAACUCAGCUGUUCCUGAAGAACAGAUUCAAGCACAUACUCCAGUUACCUCUUCGAAUGUAAUUGAAGACAAGACUUUAGUUACGUCAACCGUUGCUUUGAUUGAUGCUGAGACACAGAGAACAAAUGAACCGAAGAGCUACCUUCAACAAGCUGUUACAAACCUAGAAAUCAAGCUUUGCACUGUUGAAGAAGAAAAACUAAAAAUUAAACAGGAAUUGGAAUAUUUACUGGAAAAACAUAGUAUUCUAGAAAUGGAUUUCCUGAAGGAAAAAAAAGAAAAAUUAAUUUCACAUCAAGAUCAUUACAAGACGGUCCAGGAAAAGCAUAAGCAGGAGUUAGAAGACAUGAGAAAAUCUGGACAUGAAGCCUUGAGUAUUAUUGUUGAAGAAUUCAAGGCACUGCUACAAUCUACAGUUCAACAACAAGAAGCAGCUAUUGAAAAACAGUAUAUAGUAGCAAUUGAAAAACAUUCUCACAAAUGUGAAGAACUUCUUAAUGCUCAGCAUCAGCGCCUUCUCAGCAUUUUGGAAGCAGAGAAGGAAGUGUUAUCAGAAAAGAUAGAAGAAGCUUUGAUGCAGCAGUCAAAAAAACACAAGGAAGUGCUUGAAAAAUGUUUGGAUGAAGAAAGACAAAGAAGUAAGGAGGCUAUGGCAGCUGCUGCAAAGGCUGAAAAAGAAGUAGUGCGGGAGGCUGUUCUGAAAGCAGUAGAGGAGGAGAGGAGAAAUAUGGAAAAGAUUCAUGCAGAAGAAAGAAAAAUGUGGGAAGCAGAGCAUGACAGACAUAAAGAGAAGAUUGACCAGGCUGUUUGGGAAGCCAUGCAAGAGCAAAAGCAGCAUAAUCAA